AUGGCAGAAUUCCUGGGCAAGAAACAGCGAAGAAAAAGCUUCAGCGUGUUCAGUCCUUCUUCCACAGCCCCCUCGUCGCAGCCUCGGCCUCCUCACAGUCGAACACCCUCAGAUGACACCCUGACCAGAGAUAAGAAAGCCCGCCGCAAUUCUGGGUUCUUUGGCCGGCCCCAGAGCCCCAGCAGGAAAGCCAACGGCCCCAAUGUACUUCGUCGCCCAGGGACGGCUGCCGCAGAAGUCGCUGCCUGGUCUGCAGCCAUGUCCUCCACACCCACCUUGGAGAUCCCUCAUCCUCGUCGAAAGUCAUUACAGAAGAAACGAACGUCGGUCUUUGGCUCGUUAAAGUCGCUGCACUCGUUGGACGACGAUGAUCCACUUAGCGCAUCCGUCGGCUCGGUGGACGAGCAUAACACCACCAGUCCCCGGAAUACGAUUUGGUCUUCAGCAAUCCUCCACUAUGGUGAAAUCCAAACCACCGGUGGUAUGUGGAAGCGGAAAAGCCAGUACCUUGUGCUAACUGACACGCAUCUGGUACGCUUUAAGAACCAGAGCAAGGCCGCGGAGACUUUUCCCUCAAUUCCACCUUCUUAUAAUUCCCGUGCUCCGGCGUCGCACCGCCAGUCUGUGGCCUCGAUCAGUUCAUUGCAGGACAUGCAACUGAUGGUCUCGACCGAAUCAUCAGCCGGUAUUCCACUGAAUAGUAUUAUUGCAGUCUACAUGCUCGAAGAUGCACGGCUGUCUCCCACGGUUGAGGUGGCCUACUUGGAUGAGCGCACGCACAAAGCAUCUUUGAUUCAAAUGCAAACCCCUGAUCAACAGGAAUUGAAUCUCUGGAUGGUGGGUAUUCGUCAGGCCGCGCAGUUAACACGAUUGAACGACCCACUGCCGUUCGAUCGUGGUGCGGUAGAGUAUGUAACCAGGAUGUUGGAACACGAACGAGAUUACGAUCCGGACACCUUCCGAAUGUUCCGCGUGAUACAGAUCGCGUCAAGCAAAUCGCCCACUCGUUCAUCCUCGGAGGACCUGACCAAACUGUCUCCAACGGGCUGUUACCUCGUGAUUGGGCUACAUAAGGCCCAUCUCAUUCCCAUGCAAAAAGCUGCCAAUCGGUCCUCGGUCGUAUCCUUAUCGGACAUGGACACAGUCACGUCUUUUGGCCUAAUGAACUUAACUAGCUUAUCUAUGGAAUACGGAGAUGAUAGUUUACAUUUGACUUUCCGGGUCCCCUUGCGGAAGUCAUUCAAUGUGUUCUUGGCUUCCGUGCAUUCCGUGGAAGUUGCUUGCUGGAUCCGGCAACAUACAGAGUUCCUGCGCCCGCUGUGGACAAGGCAACCGUACGACUUCGUUGUCCCACCUGAUUUGCACAAUGCCGAAAACUUCCCUCCAGUUGCUCUAGACGAAGACUAUGGCUGCUUUGAUCGAACGUUAGUUGCCUAUUCCGCCAGCUACGAUGUCGAUACUUCCAAUAUUCGCUAUACGAUCGACUUGGCAUGCGAGGAUGCUCCUUGCUUCCGUCUUCUCCGGUCAGCCUCAAACAAAUCCUCGCGAUACAGCGCCUUGGAGCUGAUUGCGGUCAUGCGUGCGCUGCGAUACAACGAGUCAUUUCGGUCUAUCUCAUUCCGCGGUAUCAACCUUGAUGCUCUACAAGGCAUUCGUGAUAUGCAUGGCGUAGACCCCGAUGUUCAUCUCGACAGGUCUGGGUCACUAGUGCAUAUUCCCGGUCAAGGAAGUUUAAGCGUUUUAUCACAGGAGGUGCGAGCAUUGGCGCUGAAGAGUACCUGGCUUCGUCGUUUGGACUUUGCUUAUUGCCUUACUCGAACCCCAACACUGGACAAGGGCAGCCGAGACCCGGGCUGCGGAAUUCCCGAGGCAAUCUUUCCGGUCUGUCGGCGUCAGAUGACCAAUGUCGACUGGGUGGUUCUGAACGGCAUUAAGCUUGGCGAAUCGGAUCUGGAUUAUCUGGUUGAUGCCGCUUCACAGAGCCAGAGUCACCUGCGAGCAUUGGAGGUUGGAGACUGUGGAUUGUCCGUUCACGACUUGGAUCUACUGUUGUCCACUCUAGUAGCCCAGGAAACAACGCUCGAAGCGAUUAACAUAUCCGGAGUACAAGGUCGCUUGAACCCGGAUGUAUUGCAGCAGUACAUUGGUUACUUUGGCCAGAUCCGGAAAAUCAACCUUUCUCGCAUUUCGCGCACGUCUGGCUCGGAUCCGCUCAUCACGGCAGAAAUGUUAUUUAAUUGGCAGCUCGAAGAGCUGAUUCUCAGCCGCACGGCUGUCAACCGUGAAACAGUUGAUUCUAUUGCGACUUAUCUCGCAAGUGACCGUUCACGAAAUCUUCGUAUGCUUCGACUUGACCAGUGUGGUCUUAGUGGAGAGGAUGUUGCUAUGUUUAUGCACUCAAUGUCUGCUGGACCAGACGCUCCGCGAAGUCUUCAUUUGCAUGUCAAUGAAAAUCGGCUUGACAAUGGCUGUUCUUUCCUCUUCGACGCCAUUGCGAAAAACUUGACCCCGUCUCAUGUUUCCAUGCAAAUGAUUGAUUUCAAGAAAGAAGAGCAUUUUCGACAACUAGUCGAUGCUCUUCGAAAGAAUACAACAAUCCGAUACUUGGAUAUCUCCAAGGCGUCGCUUCCGUACGACGCAGGCCCUGAGACUUGCAAGGCAUUGCAGCUCAUGUUCGAGCAGAACGACACUCUCGAGGCUUUAGAUAUUAGCGGCGAGAAUGCGCACCUCGACGUUGCCCGGUUUGGCAUUGGACUCAAUCUGGCAUUAACCGGCCUGAAAAAGAAUACAUCUCUCAAAGUUCUCCGCAUUGAGCAUCAGAAAUUGGGUCUCCAAGGCGCCAAUACAUUGGCGUCGGUUCUAGAGGAGAACGAGUCAUUACGUGAGGUGCACUGCGAGAAUAAUGAUAUCAACCUGCAAUCCUUCACGGUAUUGGUUAAUGGGCUCCAGGGCAACCGGACGUUGCUUAGCCUGUCCUCUAUGGACCGUGAUCGAAUCAUGUCACUCGACAGAGUGCGACGAGAGGUUGACCAUGUCCGUUGGGACGCUAAUCCUGUGCAAAGCUCCACAGCGAACUCCAUCCGUCGCUCCCUUCACGCAGCAAUGGGUGUUCGGUAUAGUGGAUCCAGUAGCCAUAAAUUGACCAAGUCAGCACCAGCGCAUUCCCCAUCAUCAUCAAUGGAUGCCUCUGCAUUCGCAAGUCAAAACGUUGAUUUGGUCUUGUCAUCACUGCAGCGCAAGUGGGACAUGGAAGUUGAUCGUUUGCACCGAUAUCUCCUUCGCAAUUACAACUUUUCUCAUGGAAUUACGGACUCCGAUAUCGAUGACAGUGCCAGUGAUGGACGGCCUGCAACCGCAGCCAGCCUCGGGACUAUGUUGGACAAUCUGAAGUUUGAGGUUGCCGUGUCGGCGGAUGAAGUGCAGCCCUCCCCUCCCGAGGAGCCUCCUAUAUCCAUUCAAGUCACUGUAGACAAGCCGGACCCUCUUCCCAAAGCGAAGCCAACGGUCAGGCGGAAGUUGUCGGCUAAGACCAGCCGAAUGAAGAGUGAGCCUGAUCUCCGGCCCCAUACAGCUCGUGCCCAGAUCUUUCCACCAGAGUACGGCACCUCGAGCCCUUCGUCUUCUCGCCUGGCUUUCCCUGUUCCCGCCAUGCCUACCGCAAUUAACAAAGCGAGUAGCGUUCGCAGCGCACGCAGCUCUAGCACUGUCUCAACCAAUGCCGGCAGUGCACGCAGCACUUAUGGCAUAGCCUCAUCUACACUGAGGGGUUUCCUCACAGGCGGUGCCUCGAAGGAGCGUCGCCGAGUCGAGUCAAUACGGCCUGUUUGUGUUUCAAAUGACAAACCCCCACAGCUGGACUGGUCACCGCCCAAGUUGGACUUGCAGGAGCUCGAGUAG